AUGACUUCCGUGCUCAAGAAUAUCUGGGUUGCUGCCGGAGACGGGGAUCUCGCUCGCGUCCAGCAUCUGGUAGAGGUUGAAGGGUUGUCUCCAAAUGCACCCGAUCCACAUACUUAUACGCCGAUGCAUGCAGCUGCGAGCUACGGACACCUGGACCUUCUCGAAUAUCUCGUCUCGCACGGGGGGAAUGUAAACGUGACCGACGAGGACGGCGAUACGCCGCUAUAUACAGUUGAGAAUGUCGAAACAGCGACCUGGCUUGUGCAGCAUGGAGCGACCGUCGAAAGACAAAACUCGGAGGGGAUCUCGCCAGCCGAACACCUCGACGAGGACUUUCCUGACGUCGCAUCCUAUCUUCGCUCCCUCUCUACCACUGCCACUACCAAUACUGUGAGCAAUGACGCCAUGGUACCCACGAUCCCCGUGGGACCGCAGCCGUCCCAGCACGCACAGGAAGCCGCAUCGGCUUUAUUGACCGAAAACUUGCUGGCGCGCGCGUCGGACAUCGUAGCUCGAGCAGAGGCGGAAGGACGCGAUCCUGAGGCAGAGCUACGAGAGGUCGUGGGAGAAGCAGUUAUUGCUGGGGUGCGGGCUGGUUAUGGGUUCGCGGAGGACGUGGGGGUGGGGCAGCAGACGCCAAACGGACACGACGCCAGGGCGACUCGUCAGGGUGACAGCAGCACCAAUCGCAGAUAA